CGCGAACUCCGGGGCUCAACCAAUCACGAACAUGCCCCGUUCCCCAAUAGACCCAAUAGACCCAAUAGACCCAAUAGACAACACCACGCACCACCACCAUAAGUUAACCUUUCAGAAAAGUGCACCUUGUGCUUUGAACCUCAACUCCUCAAUUCUCUCUCAACAUCGAAACCUUCACUAUGGAUGAAAUCGCCCCCGAGUACGAUGUCGUGGUUCUUGGAACUGGUAUGUUCAACCCCGCUGCGGGGCAGGAGAUGGAGAUGGACGAUGGCUGACAGGAGACAGGUCUGACUGAAUGUGUGCUUUCCGGGUAUGCAAGCUUCGGAAUAGCUUCAACAACGACAGAGAGAGUGUGCUAACUCCAUCGGCAGUGUUCUGAGUGUAAAGGGCAAGAAGGUGCUACAUAUUGAUCGCAACGACCAUUAUGGAGGGUACGUGGAUGCUGAAACCCCUCUCCGCCACUCCUUCACAAGCAACCGGACUGACUCAACAACAGAGAAGCAGCUUCCAUCAACAUCGAGGCAGUAAGUUGCAGUCUCUGUGUCCCUAUUAUCUACGAACCUCCCUGACCCGUCCUAGCUCUUCAAGAAAUACGGAAACUACUCCGAGGGCGACAAGCCAUGGGAGAAGUACGGGCGCGUCAACGACUGGAACAUCGAUCUUGUUCCAAAACUCCUCAUGUCCUCGGGCGAAUUAACGAAUAUCCUCGUCUCCACCGAUGUCACAAGAUACCUUGAGUUCAAGCAAGUUGCUGGCAGCUACGUACAACAGGGUGCUGGUGCAAAGGCAACCGUUGCCAAGGUCCCUUCAGAUGCUGGAGAGGCCCUGAGGUCCUCGUUGAUGGGUAUCUUUGAAAAAAGAAGAAUGAAGUCAUUCAUUGAGUGGAUUGGCACAUUCGACGCAGCUGAUUCUGCAGAACACAAAGGUUGGUUGUAUAAUGCUAUACUUUUUGACACACUCUAACAGUAUCUAGGUCUCAACAUGGGAUCUUGCACAAUGAAGGAUGUUUAUGACAAAUUUGGACUCGAGGCUACCACUCGGGAUUUCAUUGGCCAUGCUAUGGCUCUCUACCAAACCGAUGCAUACCUGACCACACCGGGAGGAGCUCCAGCAGCAAUCGAGCGAAUCAGGCUAUACGGAAACUCUGUUUCCCGUUACGGAAAAUCCCCAUACAUCUACCCCCUUUACGGUCUCGGAGAGCUUCCUCAGGGAUUCGCUCGUCUCUCUGCCAUUUACGGUGGAACAUAUAUGCUCAACACCAACAUCAAUGAAUUCAUUUAUGACGGAGACAAAGUUACUGGUAUCAAGGCUACUAUGGAGGACAGAGGAGGAGAGCCACCAAUGAAGUUCACCACCAAAUGCAAGAAGAUCCUUGCUGAUCCUUCAUACUUCCCUGGUAAGGUUCAAGUUACUGGUCAACUGUUGAAGGCUAUCUGUAUCCUGAACCACCCUCUUGCUGGUACCGAUAACUCCGACUCUGUUCAGUUGAUCAUUCCUCAAUCCCAGGUUGGACGAAAACACGGUAUGAAAUCCCCAUGAGUUUGAGAGAUCCAAACUAACAAAAAUUAGACAUUUACAUUGCCGUCGUGUCAAACUCCCACAAUGUUUGCCCUAAGGGUUAUUACAUUGCCAUUGUUUCCACCAUCGCAGAGACCUCCGCAAACCACCACCUCGAGCUUGCAGCAGGAUUUGAGCGUCUUGGUAAAAUUGAGGAGAAGUUCAUGGUCAGUUAUUAUCUAAACUCUAGCUAAAAGACUUUACUAACACAUAACCAGGGCCCACCAAUCCCACUCUACUCCCCACUAGAGGAUGGAACCAAGGACAACAUCUUCAUCUCCAAAUCCUACGAUGCUACCAGUCAUUUCGAGACUACUACUGAUGAUGUCCGAGAUAUCUACCAACGUGCUGAAGGACACGCCCUUGUCGUGGAGGGCUUGAGAGAAGGUACUAACCUUGUCGGUGGUGACGAGUAAGGGAAUUCUAGGAUGGCAAAUCAGACAAGCUACAGUACAUAGGUAGGUUCGGACAGCGGAGCGGAGCCGGGGGAAAAUUUGAUUGUUUAUUUCUUUUUUCCGAGCACUUGGUUUGGUGAAGCUUAGGGUUGUGAAAUCGAAAUGAUUGAAAUCUUUUCUCUUCUAUUUUUGGUGAUGCUGUGGCUUUAUCUAUUCUAUACUUUAAUUAAUCGUUCAUUUGGUAUGUGUUUGUGAGUGUGAAACUAUUUCUCGUUAAGAUUGGAUGGUUCUCUUUAUACUGUGUUACUGUCUAUUCUCGGAGACUGGAAUAUCAAACGUACUUGUUGAUUGCUGUGAAGAGAUUCUAGGA